AUGAGAACACACCUAACUGGAAUUAGUAACACCAUAUUAACCAUUACCGAAUGCUAUAACUACACACUGCAUCAAGAAUCAUGGAGGCUAUACGAGCUGGAUAACAACAGUAACGACCAAACUAAUCAAAGUUCAUGCGAUGCUAGAAAUUUGAAAUACGGCUGGCAUAGAUUUGAUGUUGGAAUUGGCACAAAGAUACUAAGCAACUGGAUUAACGCUCCAAAUCAUUGUGGAACAAGAAGCCCUGGUUGGUUGCAGGGUCCUCACCCUGAAGUAGAUGAUGAUAUUGUGUCACAAAACCUUCGGUAUUACAAACACUAUUGUGGAGACAAACACGGAGAAGUUCUUGUGCGAAAUUGUGGAAAUUUUUACACCUAUCGUUUUGUUAAUAUUCCAUAUUGGUCAUGCCAAUUUGGAAUAUGUUUGACAACAUAAAUGAAAUAUUCUUUACAUUAUUGUUGUUGUAGUUAUUAUAUAGGUCUUUUAUUUUCUACUUAUUCUAGAAAUAAAUAAUUUUGCGAAUUAUUUAUCUAUUCUAAGAGAUUUUUUAGUGUUUAACUUUUUUUCUUAAUAAG